AUGCCAGCGGGCAUUGUCCCCACUCUCCCAGUGACACCGGGCUCUCUGCCCUCCCGGACGGUGACAGCGGGGCUCUGUCCCUGCCGGACAGUGCCAGCGGGGAUUUAUCCCUUGCGGAGGGUGACAGCGGGCAUUGUCCCCACUCUCCCGGUGACAGCGGGCUCUCUGCCCUCCCCGGACGGUGCCACCGGGGAUUGUCCCCACGCUGCUGGUGACACCGGGCCCUCUGUCCUCCCGGACGGUGACACCGGGCAUUGUCCCCACUCUCCCGGUGACACCGGGCUCUCUGUCCUCCUGGACGGUGCCAACGGGGAUUGUUCCCACUCUCCCGGUGACACCGGGCUCUCUGCCCCGCCGGACGGUGACAUCGGGCAUUGUCCCCACUCUGCCGGUGACACUGGGGAUUGUCCCCACUCUCCCGGUGACACCAGGGCNCAGGAUUACUGCGAGGCGCUGGAGCAGCUGGAGCUGGAGCAGGACCUGCGCCUGCACGCCGAGGCCUUCGCCCACGAGAUGCUGGUGCAGCAGAAGGAGGCGAACCGGCAGAGCUCCAUCCUCCUGCGCGGGGCCGGGCCCGACUCGCGGCUCCUGGAAGCGCUGCAGGAGCUGGGCAGGCUGAGCCGGGAGCUGGACGAGACCCGCAGGGAGCGGGGACUCAGGGUGAAGGAGCUGGAGGAGCAGCUGGAGCUGCGGCCGCAGCCGGAGGAGCUGCAGCGAGCCCGGGAGGCGCUGGCCGAGGCCGAGGAGGAGAAGCUGGAGCUGAGGAAAAGCCUGCGGGAAGCCGAGGAGAGGCUGCAGCAGCUGGGAAAGGAAGUGGGAUCGCUCCGGGAGCAGCUGGCCCAGCCGCGGAGCCACCCCGAGCCACCGCCGCCGCCACCGCUGCCACCGCCCGCGGCCGCUGUCCCCGCUGACCCCCUGGCCACCCUCAGGCAGAAGAAGGCGCUGAAAAACCAGGAGCAAAGAGCCACCGGCACGGGUGACCCGGGAACCAGCGAUGUCCGCGCCAGGGCCGUGCAGGAGAUGAUGGAGCGCAUCCGCAGCGGGAUUGUCCUGCGGCCAGCGAGGGACCGGCCACACCUGCGCCAGGAUUCCGUGGCCAGCAAGCGGCGGAGCGCGGUGCUGGAGCUGCAGGGGAUCYUGGGGGCCAUGAGGAGGCCGAGCCGGCGGCGCAGCGGGAAAAGCCGGAGCAGCGGGAAAAGCCGGGACGGGCAGUUGGAAUCCAUCCUGCAGCGGCGGCGGCGGGCUGUGGAUGCUUCCACGGGAAAUUCCAUGAGAAAUUCCNCCCGGCAGGAUUCCGUGGCCAGCAAGCGGCGGAGCGCGGUGCUGGAGCUGCAGGGGAUCUUGGGGGCCAUGAGGAGGCCGAGCCGGCGGCGCAGCGGGAAAAGCCGGAGCAGCGGGAAAAGCCGGGACGGGCAGUUGGAAUCCAUCCUGCAGCGGCGGCGGCGGGCUGUGGAUGCUUCCACGGGAAAUUCCACGAGAAAUUCCACAGGAAAUUCCACUGGAAAUUCCACUGGAAACUCCGCGGGAAGCUCCACGGGCACCCCCAGCGCCUCGGAGAAGAGACCGGACACAGGGAUCCAGGACAAGGACGCGGCUCCAGAUGGGAGCAGGGACAGUGUCCCCUUCCGGCCCCGCGGGGUUGGUGGCCUCCCCAGGACGCGUCCCGUUCCCCGCCUGGCCUGGGACAGCGGCAACACCACGUAGGAACGGCUUCCCGCCUGCUGCCACCCUCCUUUCCCAGGAAUUUCCAGGAUUUCCAAUGAUUUUCCCCAAUUUCCGAGAAUUUCCCAUCCUGGUGUUAAUUAAAGCGAGGUGGCGCCGUGUCCUUGUGCCGUU